ACUGUGGACUACUCUUCAUGUCGGAACAAUUGCAGCGGACAGCUGGUGCAAAAGGCGCAAAUGGGCCAAGGGAAAAACAAAAGAAGAAGAAGAAGACGACGACAGACGGUGAGUCCAUUGACGAAGAAGAGCCGACUCCGCUUGGCGGCACCUUGCGAGCCAAAGACCUCAAGGCCCUCGUCGACGCGUCCCCCAACAUCCAAGCCUUUAAGAACCUGGGGACUGGCGUCCUCACCCCUCCACAAACCGCAUCCCCCUCGCGUUCAAAUUUCCCUUCCAAUAGCGAAGAACUUUCCCUGACCGCUGCCGAAACCGACCGAUUAGCCGCUCUACACAAGGAAAAAGUACAGCUAAAGGACAGGCUCGAAGUACUCAAGGACCGAGAAAAAUUCGUCAGCAUGGCAAAAGAGCAGGCCGUCCGCCUCGCCGACCGCGAAAAGAUCAAGAUCAAAGACUUUUGCGGCUACGACUCGCGACUAAGCUGGUCCGACGCCGAAUUCCUCCUCUGGCGCAACAGCAAGCACGGCCGUGCAGUCUUCCAAUACUCGACCCUCUCUCCCACCGACGAGCAAGUAUCCUCAAUACCAGACGCAAACGACGUCGACACAAUGGACAUUGAAAUCAAAGAAACAGCCUGUCUGAAGAAACGCUGCCAAAAGCAUCCCCAGUGGCAAAAGCUCAAUCUUCAAGACGCGCGGUUUGAAGAGUUGGAAGUAGUAGAAGCAAUCAAGGAGUGCGAAAAGGAUGAGCAAUCGGUGCGUGAACGUGCUCGACGGAGGGGAGCAAAAGAUGGCCUGGCAAAGGAAUUGGCGGGUGGUGAUAUGUCCAAGGUUGCUCGGAAUCGAGAGGGUUGGGUCGAGACGGUCAAGACGUGACCUUGGUUUGAUCGUUGGUGUGGGUGCGGAAUUUUUUGCAUAAAAGUAAUUUCAAAAGCGAAUGUGUAGAUAUAGGGAAUUAUUGAUAUCCUGGCUUUGGCCGUUUUGAAUAAGAAUCGAGAAAUAUACCACUCUUCUUA